UUUACACACACGUGCAGUGUUUUUCUGAAUGUGUAGCACAUCUAACAAGAUCAUUUGCUGUUGAUAUUCAGUGUAGAUUUCAAAUCCUAAGAUCGGUUCUUUAUUUAUGUGUGGUGAAAUUAUGUUGUAUAGACUUUUAUAGUACUAAUUCUUCAACUGAUGCAAUUUACAACUUACCAGAUCGCUGAAGUGGUACUGACGUUGAGGAAAUAUGGCCAGCCUUGCUGCAAAGUAUGAUUACCUGGAGAAGUUGACACGUAAAGUGUGUGUAUCCCAUAAACCGGAGCUGAAGAAUACACCCUAUGUUCCAUUCCGAAGCAAUAAGGGGAAUGAUGAUGGUGCUCCUCCAAAGAAAAAGAGCAAGCAAAAGCCAACAAAAGGAGAUAAACAUGCAAACAAACAGAAACCAGUCCAAAAAACUACUCCUGCAGCUCUUCCAACUCAAAUAAAAACAAAUCUGAAAGGAACUUCUGUGACACAAAAGAAGCCUGCAGGUGGAACAUCACAUGAAUUCAAUGCUGUAGAUAUUCUUCGUCUCAGGCUUCACCAGAAGAUUGAGGAGUCUCGUGGGCAGGGCCCUGCUAAGGAUCCAUCCUCAGAAGAGGUAAGGAAGAAACGGGAAAGACGAAAGCAAGAAAGGGAGCGUCGGAAGAGGAAAAGGAAAGAGUUUAGGAUGAAAAAGUUAGCAGAGAGUGCAGCUUCACAGGCAGAACAGGAGGACAUAAAAACCGAAAUGCCAGAACCCAAGCCUGAUUCUACAUUAAGCAAACCUUGUAAAAAAGAAACGAGUUCUCUAGUUUUCAACAAGGUGGAGGUUGGGGAAGCGUACGUGGACAAAGGAACAAAGCUCCUGCAGAAGAAACAGAAAAAAAGGGUUAAAGGAACUCUUACUCCACUGACCGGGAAAAACUUCAAGCAACUUUUAACACGUGUUGAAGCGAGGAAGGCUCACCUGGAGCAACUUAGAGAAAAAGAUGAAGGCAAAGCAAAAAAAGAGGAAGAGAAGAUGAGGUGGACCAAUGUUCUCUACAAAGCUGAGGGUAUGAAGAUCAAAGACAAUGAGGACCUCUUGCGCGCAUCGCUGAAGAGGAAGGAGAAGAUGAAAGCUCAGAGGAAAAAGAAGUGGGCAGAGAGGAGCCAGCAAGUGGUGGAGAAGAUGCAGAAGAGACAAGACAAGAGGCAAAAGAAUAUUCAGAAACGCAAACAUGCCAAGAUUGAUAAGCGCAAACAAAAGGCAAAGAAAAAAGGCCGAGUGCUUCCAGAUGAUCUAAAGAUGAGUAGACAGAAAACAUAAAGGAGCUAAAAAUGAGCAAAACACGUAAAUGGCCAUGGCAACCUCAGCUCAUGAAAAUGUAAAGACUUUGCUUGUGGCAUAUCUUUGUGUGAUAUUUGGCCUGAAAGAGACUCCUACAUCACCUGCAUAAAAUUUCUUUGUGAAUAAAUGUUGUCCUCUUUUCUUAAGAUGUAAGCAUUAUAAAGAGCUUUUUGUUUCC